AUGAGUUCUGAUGUUGUUGCUCAUUGGAAUGUACCGCUUAACGAUGGCGUUCAUAAAAUAGAAUUUGAACAUGGAACAACAACUGGAAAAAGAGUUAUUAGAGUUGAUGAUGAAAUAAUUUUUAAAAAAGAUUGGAUGUUUAAAUUGGUCGGUUGUGAAUAUUUCACAGUUGGCAAUGCAAAAUGCAUUAUAAGGAUAGAUCCUGUCGGUGGUUUUUCUUAUUCUUAUACAUUAAUGGUAAAUGGUAAAAACUUUAAUACAUUUGCAGAAAUACAAUCGAAAGCUCUUAAAACUUGGAUAGUUCAUUUUAAUGAUGACACUUAUAGGGUGGUUUUAGAAAAAGGUAAUUUGGAUAUAUGGGCAAACGGCGUAAAACUCGAUGUAGCCAGCGAAUUCGUCGAGGAUGGAACAGAAACACAUUUUACUUUAGGUCAAUGGCCAGCUUGCAUAAAAGCCGUUACAAGCGGAAAUCGAAGAGAAGGAAUAAUUCAUCAUCUUAUAGUAAACGAUCAAGUUAUACCUGAACGUUUGGAAUAG